AGGUUUUGAAAAAAUGCUGGUUUUAAAAAAUAUGGAAAUUAUAUGAUACUGUUAUUGCUUGUGACACAAUCAAUCGCAUCAGGGAAAGAAAAACGUUUGCUUCUCCAUUCCGAAGCUGAUAUGGCUACAGAGCUGAUUCGACUUCGGAGUGAGUUAGCCAACGUUACUCAACAACUUGGCAAUGCUCUUGUUGAAAUUAAUUCUUUAACAUCGACACAGUCCAGCAUUUAUCAACAAUUCGGUACAUCUCGUGCCGAAAUUAAAUCUUUGAAAUCGAACCAGUCAAGCCUGAAUCAACAACUUGGUGCUGCUCUUGCCGAAAUUAAAUUAUUGAAAUCGACAUAUUCAAGCACUAACUUACACCAAGGGUCAGUGUACGUACGAUGGGGAAAGACGAGCUGUCCAAACAGCACGGAAAUGGUUUACCAUGGAUAUUCUGCUGGAAAAAAUUACGGAGAGAUAGGAAGUGGAACAAACAACAUUUGUUUGCCCUCUGAUCCAACUUGGCUAAACUAUGUAGAUGGAUAUCAGGAAUACAGGGGAGCUGUUUAUGGUACAGAAACUGACAUUCCAGCCAGUCCUUUCUUCAAGUACGUAAUAAAUCAACAAGACAUGCCUUGUGCUGUAUGCAGUUCAGAAAGGUCCACGACUCUGAUGAUACCAGCCCGUAAAAACUCUAACCGGCAUGGGACAGUUAGAAUAUUUCAUUAG